ACCGGCCCAUGGUGGUGACACCCUUCGUUCCCUCUUGUCGACAACAUGCUCCAGUUCUUGCUUGGAUUUACUUUUGGCAGCCUGGUUGGAAUGUAUUUGGCUCAAAACUAUGACAUACCAAACCUGGCUAAAAAACUUGAAGAAAUUAAAAAGGACUUGGACGCUAAGAAACCCCCUAGUUCAUAAGGCUGACUCCAGCCCUGACUUCUGGAUAU